UUUUUAAAGAUGAAACUUUCUUGUUUUCUCCUUAAUUAUAUGGCGCCCUUUGAUGUUUACAUCAAUGCUUUUCUUGUUUUCUUUUGCAGCCGGUGCGACAAGCGGUUAUUACAGUUUAAACCACGAAUCAACUGUAAAGGGCGACUACGAGAUAGACUUUCAGCAGGGUCAAAUUGACUUAAAGGCUGGAUUAAACCUUGACGAUAAAGAAAAAGUAUUGCAUAAUUUCCGCUUCCUAAAAGGAGAGCUUGAUGCUGACAUUUUAUGUGAUUAUUUUUACCAGGAUAAUCACUUCUCUACUGAUGACUUAGAAGAUGUGAAAAGUGAAAAAACGAGACAUGAGCAAGUGGACUUUCUUUUGCGCAAACUCUUGCGUCUGAAACCGGAAGCGUAUUUGAAGUUUCUUGAAUACCUUGAAGAUGCCGGUUACAAUUACGUACGCAAGGUCCUUGAGGAAUCAGUCUUUUCUUUAGCUUUAAACCAUGAAGACGUAACAGAAACAGAAGCAAGGUUAAGACUAAAACAGUUCCAAAAAGAAAUUUGUGAACAGAUGCAGCCAGAUGUCAUUGCAGACAUGUUUCUGGAAUAUGAAGAGUUUACACUUGACGAAUAUGAAGAAGUAAUAGCAGAGAAAACAAGACGCAGGAAAUCCGAAAAGAUACUAGGAUUAUUGAAGUCUUUUAAACAUAUUGAGAGGGGAUUAUUGGUACUUCUGCAAGCUCUAAAGGAAACGGACGGACUAUACCUUUAUAGAUUAUUGAAAGAUGGCGGUGCGGCUUAUGCAGCAAUGCAAGAUUCAAGACAUACAGUGAAUGUAAAAGUGAAAGUUGAUAAAGUAAAGAAAAGAGAAUCUAAGAGCAAAACUGCGUUUCUGAAAGAGGAAAAACAAUGUCGGGUUACGCUUGAAGUUGACGGAUUAGAGAGCGACCAAGACUUAGAAGUUAAAAUUACACGAGCGAUGCAAAAUCCUGACGUUAUGGUGUCUAUCAACGACAAUAUUAUUAUUGGAAACGAAUGCUUAAUUGGUAAUGUCGAGCAAGGGAGCAUUGUGAUCAUUCUGAAGGGAUGUAAUGCGACCUCAUUGCGGAGACUGUUUGCAAAGGAUGUAGAGAGGCCAAUAUCAGACAUUUUACAUCACAUCUUCAUUCAUCCAGAUAUCGUUAAGUUACUAACAACCAAAAAACUGAAGUUUAGACUGACUCUUAGUUGUCAGCCAACGGAACAAAAAGAACUGAAAACUAACUUGGAAAGAAUUAAGUCAAAUCUCGAAUUUCUCGUCGAGGAGUUGGAUGCACUCACUUUCCUGAAGAAAUUGAAGGAAGAAAACGUCCUCUCAAAGGAGGAUGAGAAGGAGAUUUUGGAAACUACCCCAACAUCGCGCAAAACUCGAACAAGAGCAAUGCUACAGAAACUGAUUGACUGUGAUGCCAUCGAGACUUUUAUAAACAUACUAAAAGAAAAGAAGGAGUAUGUUUGGAAACAUGUAUUUCAAUCUGGAGAGGGUAUACACACACUUUUUUAGCUCUUGAUAAAGACC